CUUGAAUUAUAAUUUAAUCAAAAUAAGCAAUAGUUAAGAUUGUGUCGUAAAUCAUCGAUCUAAAAUUUCGAAUUAGUAGUAGCGUGGCUCGUUGUAAAUAAGUAUACGUUAAAAUGUCGGUAGUGGCCGGGUGGUCGGUAGUAAGCACACCUCCUGCAAACUGUAGGUUAUUUUUUCUAUUCUGAUACUUUUUCGUUAUUAUGGCAAGCGUUUUAUUAAGGUUUAUAAAAAGAUAUGGUCAUUUUCCCCAAAAUCUAAUUUUUAAACGAAAAAAGAAACCAAUAAGUGUCAUGUUCGAAUGGUGUAAUGAUCCAUUAUUUAUAUUGACAAGAAAUAUGUCAUCGAUACCACGGAAUUCCACAGAGUUGGAUAUAUAUGUCAUAAUAAAUAAAAUAUUUAAUCAAAUACAAACUGAUGUACUAAUAUACAGGUGGACAAGAAAAAACUCUUUUGAAAGGAUGUUUAGAACCAUUAAAGCUCCAGAUCAUGUAAGUAGUGGUCAAGCACUUUUAUUGCUUCGAUGGUGUAGUAUUGUCAUGGAUUGUUUACCAUCAGAGAGAUUUGUGCUUGGAGAGUAUAUAUGGUGCCAUUUAUCUGUAUGCAAUGUCCUAAUGAAUUCAUCUCAUUAUAAUGCACUUCUACAAAUACAUUUAGAAAAUGAUGCUUUUUUACCCAUGGAAUUUUUAACAAAAAUGAAAAAUAAAGGAAUUCGUCCAGACACCAUUACAUAUGAAAAAUUAAUUGAAUGUCACUGUAGGAAAGGAAGUAUUAAUCAUGCAUUAGAGCUUGUACAAAAUAUGAAAGAACAAAAAUUUCCUAUAACCGAAGCUAUUUAUAAUUCAUUAAUAAUUGGAUAUUCACAAAUUGAUGAUCAAGAAAAUGCAAUUAAAACUUUUAUCAAAAUGAAAGAGAGUAAAGUUCAACCAACUGCUGAAGCAUAUUCUGCUCUCAUAUGUGGUUAUGCUAAAAAAAAUGAUACUAGAAAAGUGAAGGAAAUAAUUGCUGAUUGUAGUUUAAACGAUAAUAUAUACUUUUCUAAUAAGAAUAUUUUGAAUAUAAUUUAUACAUUAUUAAUAAAUAAUCACAUACAAAGCGUUAAUACAAUGUAUAAAUACAUGAGAAAAUCAUGUAUAUUUUCAAUUGACGAAAUUUCUUUAUUGUUGAAAUUAAUAUAUAUUAAUAAAACAGGUGUAGUUUUAAAUAUACUUUCCUAUGUUGAAGAUGUAGCAACUGUGAACCUAGUUUUAGAAACCAUGGUUUUUACCAAUACGAAAAUUGAUGAAAUUGUCAAUAUGUGCACUAUUUUUGAAAAUCGGAAAAUAUGUAAAGACCCUUUAUUACAAGCACUUUAUUAUUCAUAUCUUAAGGAUGAUGAUUGUCUAUGUCUUCCUUUGCUUAGAAAGUGUAAACUUCGUUAUAUAACAAAACCACAUUACUUUUGGCCUCUUUUAAUAAAACGAGCAAAUAAAUAUGAUUUUAAUGGUAUUAUAAAUAUUCUUCAGAUUAUGAUUCAUGAGUUUGAUUUAUCACCCUGUAUCGAUACUAUUGCUGAUUAUAUCAUACCAUUUAUGUUUGGGAGUGUGGUGAUGAUCAGAAUGAGAUUAAUAAAUUACAAAGUAAAUGAAACAACGAUUGACAAUGCUUGUGUAUUGUUUCUAUUAAAACAAGGCAGACUAAAGAGAGUUGUAACAUACAUGAAAACUUAUCCAAAUUAUUAUUUCUAUACAGAAAUUGUAUACGGACUUUGGAACGCUUUACUUGAAACAAAUGAUAUAGAAAGUUUUGUAUCUAUUAGUAAUAACUUAGUAGACUAUACUGACUCAAACGAAAGGCUAAAAUAUAGUAUGAUAACAUUUGUACCUUUAGAAAAGCAAUUAUUAGAUUUUAUGAUUGCUUACCCACAUAAUAAAGUAAUCUUAAUGAAGCUAAUAUUGCAUUUAUCAAAUCAAGGAAUGAGUAUAAAACAAGAAACAGCAGAAAAGUUACUUAAUUUCUUAGAAGAAUGUGCUAAAGAUGAUGUAAUAGAUGCAGUUUAUAAUAUGGCACACAGAAUGCAAGAGGUGCAUCUAAAUUAAUUGUUAAUGGAACCGUUUCUGAUAAUGAAACGUAAUAAUUUGAUAACAUAUUGCACACAAAUAAUAUAAUGGGAUGUGCCCAGAAUUUCCGUAACUUAAAACAGUAGAAUAAUUAUGUAUGUAAGUAUCCAGAAUCACUAUUAAUCCCGAACUAGGUGUGUUACAUAGUUUCAGAAUAAAAGUAGUUUAUAUAUAAUGUUUCUUUUUAGACUACAACAAUUGUGUAACAUAAUUUAACUCAUUUUUAUUUAGCAUAACAUAUUGCAAUCUGUUUCAAUUAUCAAGAACAUAGAAGAAAAUUAAUUUGGCUAACCAUUUACUGUGUACAUAUAGAUAAUUAAAUUUAUACCUUUAUGUUCUUUUUAAAAGAAUAUAUUUCUAUGAGAACGAAAAACUGUUUAUUAAUGUGUAAAAAAUGUUAGUUUUAAUCAUGUGUAUAAUAUAAUAAAAUAUAAUUAUACAGGUUUUAGAAAUUAAC